UUUUUCUCUUUCUUCGAUUUUCGAUACAAACGAGACCAACCCCCACACAACUUCCAAAUUUAUAGGCGAUUUUUCCAAUCUCUCUCUCGAUUUAUACUCGUUUCUCGCUUACAUUGCCUCAAACUCACUCUUCUCUCUCCAGAAAUACCCCCUCUCUGUCUCUCUCUUCGAGUUUUUUGCUACCAUGGCGCAAGUGGUGGCGACGCGGUCGAUUCAUGCUUCAUUGCUGGCGAAUCCUACACAGAGCUGCGUGGACAAACUGAAGCCGGGUUGUGGCUUCAAAGCUAAGGUUUUGGCUCAAACUGAGAGGAGGAACCGUCGCCGAGCCGUGCAUGCCAGCUCGCCCGUCGUGGCGAGGAGAUCUGCUACGGAAGUGAUUCCGAUGUCUCCUGAAGAUCUUACCAAGAUUUUGGGAUAUUGAUCGAAAGAGGUGGAGUAUUGUUUUCCGCUGGUAGAAAUCUGUUUCAUUAAAUUUAAAUCUGCUUAUGCUAUGUUGAAGGCUAUGUGUUGCUUCAUUAUUGGAGAUGUCACGCCCGCAUUUCCUAAGGAUAGGAAGUACGGUGGACCGCGACUAGGGGAGGAAUAAAG